AAGUCGCUUGCCCUGUGGAAAAUUCUCAUGACCAGCGGUGAUCCUGCCUACACCUCGCUAAUCUCACAACUCUACCGAGGUCAGGGUCUUUAUGCGACAUAUUUUGUUGUGCCGGAUUCUGCGUGGAAUCAGCUGCCUGCUGAAGCCUACAAUAAGCUCCUAAGUAAUCAAACGUUAUUAAUUGAGGUUCUGGGCAAGCACUAUGCUCCAAAUCAGCUUUUCUUCCCCCGAUGGUGUGAGGAUAGUAGAGAAGCCAGCUUCUACGUAGGUUUUCCCGAAAACCCCCUCCCUGCCGGCAUAAAUCAACAGCUAUUAACACCUGGAAAACUCGGCGGAGCCUCCACGGCAGUUUUUGGUACCGUCUCGCUUCCGAACAUGUACGCACAAGCGCUCAAUAGCGGUGUUGCUUUGAAACGCGCUGUCCUGAUUGAGGUCUCAGCUCCGCUCGGAUACGUAUAUGAGACAGUCAACGAUGCCCUCAACCGUAUCUCUAAGCUGUUUCUCAGUAUCUGCAACCUAGACGAGUCCUGCAGGGCUAUUCUGCAGUCCAGUGCGCCGAAAACUGUGUUCGCGCCAGUUGACACCGUUUUGCAGGCCUUUAGCGCACUUCCGGAUGCGGAGAAGAAGCAAUACCUAGCACUAAUGAUAGUUCCAGAGCGAAUUCUUCGUAAGCAAAUGACCCCGAGCAAAUACGUGGCCGUGGGCAACGUCACAGACGCAAUCCGAUUUCGUACGAUGAGUAGUGGAGGUAGGUUCGGUGUUUGA